GGGCCUGCGCCCAUAUUCCCCUUCCCUAUCUGAGUGUUACCCUCCCCUCACUGCCAGGGGCGGAGGCAGGACGCCUGGGUUCUGUUCCUCGGGUUCCUGCGUGUGACCGUGGGCAGGGCGGGGUGACCUUGCCCUUCCCCUUCCUCAGUGUCCCCGCCUGGUCCCAAAGGGCUGCCUGGAGGGGGCGAGAGUAUUGAAACCCCCUGGAGGAGGCUCUAGUAAUCUGUUUGGGAGCACAGGAGAAGUUUCCUCUUCCAGCAGACCACACAGAAUGGCAUCUAGCAUCUUUGGAGCAGCUGAGGAACCGCAGAACUUUCCAAAAAGAACAUACCCUCCAGGGGGGAAAGGAAGUGGUAUCUUUGAGGAUCCUAGCCCUGUCCAGUCUCGUCAACGCAUGAAUCCGCCUGGUGGGAAGACAAGUGAUAUCUUUGGGUCUCCAGUACCUGCCAGCCCUGUUCGAGCACACCCAAACAAACCCAAGGAUCACAUUGUCUUACAAGAGGCAGGAGAUGCUUCAAAGGAACUGAAAGCUACAGAAAACAACAAACCACAGAUGGAAGACACAGGCGAGAAGAGAGAUCUUGGGAAAGAUGAGCCAGGCCCCAAGAUAGAUGAUCAUGAACCCAGAUUGGGACCAAGGCCACGGUCCCACAACAAAGUCCUCAAUCCUCCUGGUGGCAAAUCCAGCAUUGCAUUCUAUUAGGAACAUUCACUUUCACUAAUGGAGUCAGCACAGAAACUUUAUCUAUGGGUCCUGAGGUUUGUUUUCAGACACUUGUAUGGGGACAGAUGCUUUAGGCAGGAGGACGGGGACUUUAGUGACUCAUCUAAUCCAAAUGCAGGACAUCUUGAUGUUCAAGACUUCUGUAAAACAUGUUAGUUAUGGUACUUAUGGAAAUAACUGAAGACUCUUAUGUGCUAGACAGUGCAGGAUUCGGCGGGACAGUAGCUUAGAUAGGUGCAAGAGGAGUGACCCUUUGUGGUGGGCAAUUUAAAAAAAAUACUCUUAAGCUUUCAGCCAGUUAGUAGCUCAGACUCUUGGACCGAAGCAUUUCGGUACAGUCAGUAUGGUGAAAUUCCAUCCCAGUGGAUGGGGACCUUGGAUGCCAGGCCUGGCAUCUGUCCAAUUGAGCCUAACAGGAACUAAUGCUCUCCUAGGCAGUGUAUCCUAACCUUAAGAAGCUAAAAAUUGAUCUACAACCAUUUUAAUAUAAACAUGCUCCAUUCUAAGUGGUGGUGCUGGGUUCUCAAGAGUUCUACUUGGCCAUAAGAAAAGGCUUCCUCCCCAGGUUUAUUAUGUUAAAACUCUCAUUCUUCUGUGGCAGUCUCGCAAGCCAUCAAGUUGUGUAAACUUUUGGAGCACUUCAGUAAUAGUCUGUGCUGAUAUUCACUAGACAAAGAGAAAAAUUAUAGUUUAGUGUACUGUCUCAUCCAGGCACUCCUGGAAAGAUCUUAUUUCACUGAUGUCAUGCAAGGGUGCCUCCAGCUUUCCUGGUAGGGAGGGCAGUGAUUUGGGUACACACAGUUGCAUCUAUUGAAAGAACUCUGACAAACUACAGUAGUGUAUAAUUAGAUUCUGGAAGCUGUCACAGGAGAUCUCUAGUGAGCCAGCUUUAAUGUCUCAUCACCAACCUCUAAAAGCCCUCAUGUACCGAUGCGUUAGCUUCUGCAGGGUCCCCCCCCUGCUCUGUCUUGGAGAAAUAAUGGACUGUUCUGCUUGUAUCCUCCAGUAGCUUUGUUUUUUGUUUCUAUGCUGAUUCUAUUAGUGAAACCUCUGUUUUGUUAGCCAUGGAUUGCCUUUGACUGCCUUAGUUAUUCCUUGGUAGUGUGGACAAUCCAAGUUGCUCAUCCACAAAUACUCUUGUAGCUAUUUCAAGACUGUUAAUCCCUGUUCAUCUGCUUGGGACAGUCUAGGGAUCACUGCAAUAGUCUUCUGGCACAGUGGCUGUUUUGAAUUAUGUUUGCAAGAAUGUGCAUUGUUUUCUCUAAUUAGGUUUGGGGGGGGGGUUGAAGGAGGGCUCUCAAAUUUCAGUUGUUAAUUCUAACUGGACUUUCCUCAUACAUAUCAAAUACUGAUUCUUUGGAUAACACUAGGUGCUUAGACUGUUGGCCACCUGUAGUGAUUUUUUUUUUUUAACUAUCUAACUCAUUACAUACAGGAGUUCAGGUACACCAAAGACCAAGUGGCCUUAUCUACACAAUGGCUCCACAUACCAGUAGCUCUUCUAGCCUAGGUUCACUGAAAACUAUUUCUGUGACAAACUAUUCAGAAGAGCUGUCUCUUAGCUAGGUGGUACAACAGCUUAGAGGUCAUAAUGAUUGUUAAAGUGCCCAGCAAAGAUGAAUGACUGACUGUACCACAGAGACUCGCAGCUGCCUUUUAAGUUAUGGAAGUGAAAAUCCCUUUUUAUAGGGUGGAAGUGGCAGGAAUCUUAUUGCCUCCUGUGCCUCUUCCACAGGAGGCCUGGCACUCCUGCUGCUGGCUGCCUCUAACUGUAUGACGAUGAUGAUCAGGAUUGAGGGAGUGAUAUCCCAAUCUGUUUUAGAUUCAUAUUCCCCCAUUAUAGCAGUUUCCUAGUUGCUAUUCCUAUUUUGUAAGGGAUCUCCUGUCCCCUUCUGCCUUGUUAGUGUUUUACUUUCCUUUCCAGUAUGAGCUAGGCUUUUCCAGGGGUUAGCAGGUAGGAAAGGCCAACCAGUCUGCCCUUCUGCCUUCAGCUUUUGUAUUGAAGGGUUUAUCUGUGGGCAAGUCAGUGAGCUUAGAUUCAAAGCUUGAUAUCUUAUAGACUAACAGGAGCUGAAAUACUGUUUUAAACAGCAGUUUCCAUCUAAGUCUUAAACUACUAUGGACUUCUGUCUGCAUGUGUUAGCUAGCAUUUCCCUCAUUGGCAUACACUCUGCUCAGUGUCUCAAGUCUAAGUUUGAUAAGGACGCUGUGGUUUUUUUUUCUUUCUUUUCUUCUCCACACAGGGGCAAAAGGGGAAUGGAACUUGUAUUAAUGGUUAAAUCAUGGACUUCUCAAUAAACCACCAUAUUUUGUUACUUCA